UAUUUUUCGGCGAAAAUUCUUUUGAGAUGAUAGUGUUAUUACGAUUAUUUGUAAAAUUAUUUGCUAACAAUAUGUUAAAACUUUAUAUCAUGGAUGAUGAUGUUACAUGAGCAGCCAUUUUGACGACGUUGCUUUCAUUGGCCUCGUACUUGUGACGUGUAAUCUUAAUAAAACUUUAUAUACUUUUCCUUGCGUAUAGUGAUCAAGAUGGAGCAUGCACAGAUUCAAAACUCUGACGGUGCUCAAGUGGUGACCAUCAAUGGCCAACAGCUUCAGGUGGUUCAGAUGAACAGCCCCCAACACAUCGUUCAGGGUCCCAACGGACAGCAGAUUGUUGUACAUGCUAUACCUGCAACGGGCCCUGCUAUUCAGGUGGCAACGCCAAAUGGACAGCAGUUACAACAACUACAAAUUGUGCCGAUAUCCAGUCUCCAAGGUGCAAGUAACAGCAUCCAACCAAUGCAGCUGGUUCAGACACCAGACGGACAAACAUUCCUAUAUCAACCGCAGGCCAACACGCAGCCUACUAUUGAUCAGCACCAGAUUAUACAUCAACCUACUAUGAUAAACCUGAACGGAAAUCUCGUGCAAGUGGCUAACACGGCCACUGUGCAGCCGCAGCAAAUUGUCAAUCAGCCCAAUAUUGUUAUGAUGGUGAAUGGAUCCAACAACACCGCCGGGGCCACAGCGGAAGUCCCGGGUUGUUCCGGAGGCGGUUCUGACGAGGAACCUUUGCUGUAUGUCAACGCUAGACAGUACAAGCGGAUACUGAAAAGAAGAGCUGCCCGAGCCAAGCUCCACGAGUUGGGGAAGAUCCCCAAGGAGAGACCGAAAUAUCUGCACGAGUCCCGACACAGACACGCCAUGAACAGGAUACGUGGGGAAGGCGGCCGAUUCCACUCGGGCAGCAGAAAGAACAGGCACGGGUCAGAUCACGGAGAGCAGACAUCGGAAGACCUGAAGAACUUGGAGGACAUCAAACCUGACACCGUUUCUAUCACUAUCAUUCAUGAAGACGAAGCGCCAGAACGACAACCCAACCAAUGGCGGCGGCUCGCGCCGCAUCAGCCGUUACAAUCAACGUAACAAAAUUGAGUGUUAAAUUGACUGACUACUUGUGAUGUGGACUGUUAUGAGUGAAUACACCUGAAUGGUUGUUAGUGAAAACAGUUU